AUGGCAUUAAUGCAGUGGAUUCUUCACGACUGGAGCGACGAGCACUGUGCAAAGUUGCUAAAGAACUGUUGGAAGGCUCUGCCUGAGGAUGGAAAAGUGAUAGCGGUGGAAAGUAUUCUACCAGUAGUUCCAGAGCCCAGUCCUCUAGCCCAGAGUGUCUGUAUUGGAGAUCUGGUUAUGUUGGCUUAUAAUCCUGGAGGCCGAGAGAGGACCCAAAAGGAAUUGCAACACUUGGCAAGAGAAGCUGGCUUCUCAGGAUUCAAUUUCACCUAUGUGUUUGCUGCCACUUGGGUCAUAGAAUUCACCAAGUAG